UGAUGGAUUUCCUUGACUGGAAGCUACAAAUCGGGAGUAAGAUUUGUUUUUGAGAACGCUCUGAAAUACACAUCGUUAUUUUUUGAAAUUUUCCAGAUUUCUGGGAUUAAAAGCUACAAUUUCUUUUACUGUCAUGGUUGCGAUAGUGAAUCUCGGAAUUUUGGAUUAUGUUAUGAUCGGUAUGAUGCUUUUGAUAUCUAUUGGCACAGGAAUUGUAUUCCGAUUCACAGGAAAUCGCCAAAAAACUACACACGAGUAUCUAAUGGCCGAGAAAUCAUCCCCCAUGCUACCAGUUAUAAUGUCCAUUUCUGUUUCGCUUACCUCUGGAGUUCUUAUGGUCGGUGUCCCAGCCGAGGUUUAUCGCUAUGGUUCGCAAUAUACAAUUCUUGGAUUGGCAACAGCUAUAGGAAUGCUUGUAUCCUCGUAUAUCUUUUUACCGGUAUACUUCCAGUGCAAUGUAACGAGCAUUUAUGAAUUUCUUGAAAUGAGGUUUGGUAAAUGCACAAAAUACACAGUUUCGGCUUUAUUCAUCAUUCAAAUGGUACUCUAUAUGUCUUCAGUUCUAUAUGCUUCGGUACUGGCUUUGACUGCCGUUACUGACGUAUCUACAGAAAUAAUCAUUACUGUGUGUGGACUGACCUGUACCUUUUAUUGCUUUAUGGGAGGACUGAAAGCUGUCUUGUGGUCCGAUGUCUUCCAGGGUAUUCUGAUGUUCGUCUACAUAAUCAUAGUGUAUACCUUCGGGAUCACCGAAGUUGGUGGAAUACGUGAAGUGGUCAGACGAGCUGAAACGGGAGACAGGAUUAAAUUAUUUGACACAACAUUCGAUUUGACGACAAGAUAUACUUUCUGGAAUGUUCUCGCUCGAGGACUCAGUUUUGGAAUUGGAGUCUAUGGAACGAGUCAAAUUGAAGUUCAAAGAGCUCUGAGUAUGAGCAAAUGUCAAAAAGCUCAGUCAGCUUUACGAUGGAGUGUUAUUCCGGUAAUCCUUCUGUUUGUCACAUGUAGUCUCUUGGGAGUAAUCCUGUAUGCGGUAUUCUACAUGUGUGAUCCGGUAACAGUGGAGCCUGAAUUAAAAAAAUAUGAUCAAUUAGUUCCUUACUUCAUUGUUACAAGAAUGCACGGAAUUCCUGGUCUCAUUGGUCUGAGUUUCGCUGGAGUUUUCAGCGGUUCUCUCAGCACUAUUUCUUCUGCUCUGAACUCUUUGUCCACAGUGACUGUUGUCGAUUUUUUAGAACCUCUUUAUCCUUUUGAUUUAAGCGAUUCCAAGCUAGUGUUCAUCGCUAAAGGAUUGUCAUUAUUUUAUGGCAUUCUCUGCAUUUGUAUUUGCUUCCUCAUAUCUAAAUUUCAAAGUGUUCUCCAGAUUACGCUGACAUUCUUGAGCGUGGUGGAAGGGCCCACAAUUGCCAUCUUCUUUAUCGGGGUCCUCACUAGAAAGGCUACAGAUAAAAUUAUAAUGUUUGGACUUGUGAUCGGAUUUGCAUUUUCCAGUUGGCUUGGCUUAGGAACCAUUCUUGGAGGACAUAAAAGCGAAGCAUUACCCUUAGAUUUAGCAGGCUGUUCGAAUUAUACCAACAUCACAAAUUUCUUCGAGAACUCUACGACGGAAUGUUCUGCCACCAACUCAUGUACCACAUUACUAACAGAUGAUUCGUCGAGUCCAGCAUUUAUAUUAUACAGAAUAAGCUACUUAUGGAUUCCGCUGUUUGCAUUUCUUUUUACCAUGUGUGCAGUCUUUGCUACAGUUUUAUUAACAGGGUGGAAUAAAAAUGUGAUAGCUUCUGAUUCCAAAUGUCUAGCUCCUGUUGCACGUUACUUCAUGAAAAAGUCAUCAGAAAUAGAAAUUUUACAUUUGACAGAAAACAAAGCGUCGUCUUAACAUCACGAAUUCGUCUGUAUGAAUGUCACUUGAAGAUUUUAGCUGUUGGAUUUUUAAAUUUGUGUGAAUGUUCUGUAAAUCUGCAUAAAAUCAUUAAUCUCAUUUUGAAUUGUAUGUAUCUCAUAUACAAAGUAUUGUAAUUCAUAUCAUUCAAUAAAUAUUCUAAAUAGCAAAAUAAAUAUUCUAAAGAAAAACUACCAUUGUUGCUUAUU